UGGAUAAAAAGCCGAGAUACGUUUAUUUUUUAACCGAAAGUCAAAAAUAUGUUUUUCCGUGUCUCUCGGUUUCUAAAACUGAUUUUGAAGUUGGGAAACUUUCAACCACGCAAUUUAUGAGGAAUUCAAAAAGUUCACCACUAUAUAUAUAUUUUACAAUAAACUCUUUUAUGGAAGAACAACUUUUGUUAAAUAAUGAGUUGGUUACCUGGAAAGUGGACUUUGAUGGAGUAGAUGCGACUCCGCUUCGCUCUUUUUAUACAUUUCUUAAUGAAUUAACUUUGCAACUUCCACAAAUUAACUUUUCUGAAUUACUCCAUCUUUGUGUUAUCCCGCAUUAUUAUUCUUUUGAAGAACUCGAGUCUCAAAAAAAUUUCUUUGAAAAUCUAAAUUCCAUUUUUAAAAAUUACUCACAAUUUAACGAAAACUUGAACACUUCCUUUCCAGCUCUCCAGAAUGUUUUACCACCAUUUUCUGAGCCCCACUCCUUUUACCACUUUUCGAUGCAGUACAACCCCGAUUCUGGUUCACUUUUAGGAGACUUGCUGAUUAAAAGAGCUUUGCAAGAUGAAAAAGAGUUUCAUAGCAUACCUGACCUCGCUCCUCUCAUUUCUGGAGCGUUCAGUUUACUAUUAACGGAUCUGAUCAAUGCGGAUACUCGCUAUGAGCAUCGCAUCUACACGCGCUUUACUCUAAUGCUGUGCUACUUCCAGCUUCGCGUUGACCAUAAAAAAACACAUGGGAACUUCCCUCAUAAUUCCGGACAGCUGUCCGAAUUUCCAUAUAUAGCCACUGUCGUAACGGGCAAUCGCGCACACUUGGAGCUCCUCCUUAAGUUUUCCUCUGAAGUCAUGAACGAGCACGUGAGUCGUUCGAAAGUGCUGAGCAUGUUUUUUAAGACUAUUGAUAGUAUUUUUCCGAAUUUUACUGCGGAAUUAAUGGAUGAAACGUUUCCCAAUUUGACUAUUUCCGGGCGCCUCGCCUUGCCCAAAGCUUUAGGCUACAAAGCCCAUCUACUGGUGCAGCUCCCUUGUGUCCGGUUCGUUCACUUACAUUCCAGAGAAGGGCUUCAGGAUGAUUUUGAUUGGAGGGACACUCUAAAAAAUACGGAGUUUGAUUUGCUAAUAGAAAAGUGCCAGCUGCGUGAAUUUUUGGGGGUUAUUCAACUACUUUCGCACAAUAAAAAUUAUUUAUUGGCUGAAGGAGGCCAGCGUUUCCUCGACAUUGUGGGCCUAUCAGUUCGUCAUAACGAUCAGUUGGUUCCGUUUUACGUUUCUGAGUGCGCAACGGGCGCCGAAUAUUCUACAAAGUCCUUACUUUUUACUUCGAGAUUGUAUUAUUCUGACGUCACAACAACAGCAAGAGAUAUAACUGAAAAUCUUUAUAUUAAAGCGCUAUUUUGCAUAUUGUUUGUGUUAUGCUUGAGCUUACUUUGUUCUUAUUUUUUUCUCGGCUACGCAAUUCACCUCCUCACACUGACGGAGCCGAGAUUGCGCGUGUUCGUUCCCAUCCGCACGAGAAGGCUGACGUUAUACAGACCAGUACUUGCGCCAGCCAACGUCUUACUUGGCCUCAUCUCUAUUAUUUCAGUACUCAUCGGAUAUCAGUUUCAAUUCUUAAUUCGACGGAGAACCGCACCAAAUAAUAAUAAUAGUAAUACUAACAAUAGUAGUACUUUUACUAAUAAUAAUGGCGAUAGAGACAGUAAUAGUUAUAAUAGUAAUCAUAAUAAUAUAGAAAAUAGUGAUAAUAAUAGUAACAACUCGAGCAAUUUAGUAGGUAAUAGUAAUAGUAAUAGUAGCAGUGAAAGUAAUAAUCAAAUUCAUAAUAACAAUGGAAGUAUUAAUUAUAAUAACGAGAACAACGAUAAAAAAUUUUAUGAGAAUAACUGCAACAAUUCUAAUGUCGAUUAA